CCGUUACAUUCCCUGCUAAGCCGCCGCCGACCUGCUGCAAAGCUCGGAAAUUCGACCUGCAAAACCUAACAACAUUGCUCUGAGACGUCCUCAACAUCAACAUUAUCGCCGAAGUCGCAUCAGCUAAUAUUUGAAUAUCAAAAGUUCCGAUUUUUGGAUUUGAUGGGAAGGGAAAUUUGUUAAGGAAGUAGUUAUUAUGUCCAUGGAUCUUCUGGGUCUUGACGACCUCGACGACGAACCGAUUCCGACUGCUCGCAAAAUCCAAAAACCAACCACAAACUCGGCUUUUCAUGAUCUUCUUGGUCUUGAAAAUGAUGAAGGCGGCCAAAUUGGGGGUGAUCUGGUUAAAAAAAAUGCGACUAAGGCCGUGCCACCAUACACAAGCGGGAUACCUUCGCAGAUGAAAGACACCGCACCAGGAAACGACCAUGAUGACGGCGACACUGACGACUGGGGGGAUUUCGAGGAUGCGUCUCCCGCUCCUAUUACGACUGAUGCCAAUAUGGAUUCAGAUAUUUACUUGAAUUCGAUGGAUUCAAAGGUUUCAGAGUCUCCUCAUCAGGGGAAACAGGCGCGGCAAGAGCAGGGGCAAGCUACUGCACCGUCGCAGGAAAAGGCGCAGAGACCACCUCCUCGCUCAAAGCCGAGGGAUCCGAAUGUUCUUUUUGAUGUAGAAGAUGAGGUUUGGAAUGACCCAGAUGCCGAGUUUGGUGAUUUUGAAGAUGUCGCUCCAACGAGCGCUGUCCUGGAACACCGAGAAGCACGAAUAGAGACGGCAACCCUUCCGAGAAAGGAGGAAACAAGAACAAAGUCGACUAUUGCGCAGAGCCGAACAGCACCUCCUCUAAUGGCCACCGACAGCAUUGAUCUACUUGGUCACUUGGGGGAAGAAUCUCCAGCUCCCCCAAAGAAUAUGUCAAAGGCAUCCGGUGGCCCAUCCUUUGGCGCUACCAAGGCAAAGCCUGCCGUCAAGUUCCCUAAGCCGGAAACCAAGCCACCGCAACGAGACGAAGCCUGGGAAGACUUCGAACAACUUGCAGUUUCUCCACCACCAGUUAUGAGAUCCUCCCUUAGCCCUUUUCCGAAGAUCAUGGUUAGGGAUAGUAAGCCAACAAUAUCAGCACCCCCGACCAACAUCCCACCUCCAUCGGUACUCUUAUCUCUUUUUGUAUCAUUGCUGGGUCUCGUUGUGAAGCACCUAAUUACCCCUCUCAAUACUCUACCUCAGGAGGUGCGGACAAGGACUCUGUCCGAAGAUAUCACCUUGGAUUUCAUCAAGGCAUACAUAUCUCUUAUCCAUGUCCUGGCAAGAAUACUAGCCGGUCGUCAAGUACGAUGGAAUCGAGAUGCUCUCCUUUCACAGGGGAUGAAGAUUGGCGCGGCCACUGCAGGUGGAAGAAGUGGCGGGCUAAAACUGGCCGGAGUGGAUCGAGGCGAGAAAGAGAGGGAAGAUAGUGCUGUUGUCGAUGUCCUUGACGCAUGGAAGGGUAUUGUGGGGCGGCUCCGAGGGCUCGUGUCAAAGACAAAAAGCUCAAGUGCAAACGGGCAAGGUCUCGCUGCUGUGCCUAAUAUCAAGGAGAAUAUGACCGUCAAGUCGCUAAAGCAAGAGGAGGGUGGGAUUCCUUCAAGCGGCCAAUGUGCCCUGUGUGGUUUGAAGAGGAACGAGAGAGUCAUGGGAGUGGAUAACGAUGUUGUUGAUGCCUUUGGAGAGUGGUGGGUGGAAGACGUCAAGAUGCAUGCAGAUUGUAGGACUUUCUGGGAAUCUCAUCGAGACCAGCUAAAACAGCGGUAAUACGAUCAGAUCUUACGGUCGUAGACCAUAUCAUUCUAGGAAUACGAGCUAUUCACAAAGACUUCUACGGGUACCUCGAGAUGAACCAACCUGGAACUAUUGGCACGUGGAAUGAUCUCACAGGGCUGGGUGCGUGUGGGUUUAUACUUGAUUAUCAACCGCGGUCUACACUAGGUUUCGCUCCGUCUACUCUUCCUGCAUCUUCACCAAGACCUUUCUUCGGCUCGGGUCCGUAUCCA